AUGGUGUCAUCAUUCAUCUUCGGUGCAAAUUGGGCCAAGUGUGCUAACGUGGGCCAGUAUAAAUGGGUCAAAUGGGCCUACAGUGUGCGACUUGGGUCUCUCUCGGAUCUGAGCUUUCUGGGUCACCUAACGUAUCCAUCGAGUCGAUUUUGACCCCUCCAAAGUGGGGUCAAUUGGGCCGGACUGGGUUGAGCUUGGCUAAGAUGGGCCUGGCUCUAAACUUAAUUUCCAGCGACGUUUCAGACCUCCAACCCCAAAAAGUGCACCUUCGAGUGAGGCCCAUUUUGUGCCAAUUUAAUUAUUUGGGCCCCAAGUUUAUUGCAAUUUCCUUGCCGAUUAUUAGGCUGUUAGUGACAAUUGUGUCCACAUGUUUGUCAACGCAACUAUGAUUGACUGGUCUUAGUUUUAGGUAAAUAUCUUUAAAACGAGGGGUUUCUUAAGAAGGCCUUUUCGAACUGCCAUGAAGGGAACUCCUAGUUGCACUAUUUACUCGAAGUAACGCACAAUUAAAAAGGGAUUUCAUGAUAUGUCCAAUGACUUGAUUGAUCAAUCAGAUGGAGGUUUUCCACUUUAUAGGGGAGCAUGGGCACCCAAGUUUUGCAUGACAUUGUCUUUCGAUGCUUAACACUUCGUCUCCCCAUUGGUUCAUACUUUCACCUCUCCAUUAGUUAGUGAUUCACUUUCCUAGAAGCUCAUAUUCUGCAGUGUAUGUGUUGUGUGUUUGUCUCGCUCACAUGACAUGGUCGAUGUGCUACCUAUGUGUACAUGCCACACACAUGCUUACACAACCAAUCACUGCACUUGUCAAAACCAUGCAUGAUUGUGGUCGGGUGGACUAAUGCACUUCUGGACAGCACCACUUCAUUCCACUUAGCCUACUUUGGUGAGGUAAGUGGUUUUUCCUUGGUUGUGAGCUUGUACAGCAAAAAAACAUGUUGUCAUGGGCCAUUGAGUUAGAGAAUAUAGUCUCUCAUAAGAAAAUAACGACACAAGAUGAAGGAAUUAUACCUGUUGGAUGGGGAUUGAAUGUAGGAAAAUUUGAGAUGGAAAGGUCAUAUAGGAUAAUAAAAUGGAUACCUCCUCCAUUACUAAGAUUUAAGAUUUAAGCUUAGUAUAGAUGGAGCAUCAAAAGGAAAUCUUGGGAGGAGUAGAGGUGGAGGAAUAAUCUGGGACUAUAAGAGUUACAUGAUAGUAGCUUUCUCUAAUUAUUAUAAUAUUUUUACUAACAUGGAACCUGAAUGCAUAGUACUAGUAAACAGCCUCCUACUUUGUGAAAGACUCAAUCUCAUGCAGAUGUGGAUUUAGUUGGACUCAAAGGUACUAGUCAACAUGGUCAAACAAGAAAAAUGCAAAUAGUAGAGAAUUAGAAGAUGGUGGUGCUUCCUCAUGAGCAAAAUAUAAUGAAUAUAUUACAUCAAGCACCAAUUCAGGGAAGGUAACUCAUUAGCAUACUAUUUAGCUAAUCAUAGAGUAUUGUAGGAAACUCAAAAGGAAUUUUGGAACAUCCAAGAGCUCCUACGGGAGGCAAGGGAAAUAUUCAAAACUGGAGAAAUAAUGAUUGUCAUAUAUGAGAUGGAGAUAAAUUCUUAAAUGAGAUUAGAGAAACACUACAAAUAUAAGAAAGAAUGAGGGGAAUGAUGAGGAACAAUCAGAAUGAAAAAAAAAAGGUUAUUUGAAGAGUUUUUCAAUUGUAAUAAAAAUUAAUUAUUUGUUACAGUGGUAUUAGAGGCAGGCUAAAAAGAAGCAGACCUUUUUACUGCUCUUAUUUUUCUUCAAUAUUGAUAGAAAGUUGUAGAGGUGGAGGAUGAGGUGAGUAUGAAUGGUACCUAAGGGCAAAGAAUUAUCUGACUUGUUGAGCAGCUACAAGUGACCACAAGGGUUGUUGAGUCCCUCACGAAUCAAUUAUAAGUGGAGUCUAACAACUUGCGGGAGCAAGUGGUAGCAAAGACAACAUAGUUAGAGGAACAAGCCUAUAAGGCUAUGAAUACAGAUAAUAUUUUAUUUUAAAAGUUCGCUAAAGAACUUAAAUCAAUAUAUGAUCAAACCAGAGAGAUGGUUAUAUCCUUUGUAGCUCAUAAGGGUGAAAUUGAUCCCUAUUGGAGGAAUUCAUUGAUGAUAUGGUCAAACUACAAUAACAUAUGAAGAAAAUCAUAGGCAACCUCCAAAGGCCACAAGAUCAAGGUCCAACCCUUAAACCAUCUAAGGCCAAAGUACCCAAACCCAAACUCUAUUUAUGGGAACAAGACUUAUAGUAAUAUUUGCAUGCAAUCACCUUCUUUAAGGAAGAUAAGGUCUUACUUGACAAUUUAUGUCUUGCAAGACUUCCAAAAACCUAAUGGCAACUAUAGUCUGAAUCAAGAGCAGUAGUUACAUGUUUUGAUGAAUUGGCCAGAGAGAUUCAAGAUCAAUUUCACCUAGUUAAUUCAGGCCAAGCUACACAAAUGAUGAUAAGACAAUGGAAAAAAACACAUUGGGUCCAUUCGGGAGUAUGUUGAGAAAUUCUUGAUAUUACUAUUAGAGAUACCAAUGAUGGAUGAGGAAGACAAACUCUACUACUUCAUAAAAGACUUGUAG